AUGGACGAAUUCAACGAUGACGACUUUGAUGACUUGAACGACACUACUCUCCAGGAGCUUGAAAACAACGCCAUUCAAUUCACACAAGCACAAAGAAAACAGGAUUCCCAGUCUCAAACUCUACCUCCGCCCCAUGACCCCUCCCAAGUCGAGAACUACGACGAUCUAGAAUUCGAAGAUGACGACCUCGACGAUGCUGAAGUCACCAACGAACUUCUACCACCCUCGCAGUUGCACGCGGCACCUGGUAACGAUGUCAUUGCAGCACUGCAGCAACGGCUCAGGGCCCUCGAGUCUGAGCUGAACUCUGCGCGCGGCGAGGCCUCCAUCAUACGAACAAAUUCAACCAAGGCGGAACAGGAUCACGCGGCCGAAGUUUCCCGCCUCAAGAAGCAGAAUGCCGAACAAGCUGCCAGGCAAGAGAGGGCUGUGGAAGCCGCCAUUGCUGCUGAAAGGCAGGCCACCACAGAGUUGCAAUUCCUCCAAAGGGACAUGAAGGAUGCUUCGACCCGUCCUCGCCGGAGAGAAAAUGCGCCAGUGUCCGCCGCCCCAGGAACCACCACACCUAAGAAGGCUACCAAAACCUGGGGUGUCGCAGACGGAUUCGAUAACAUGGACAUCGCUCCAAGUCCGACCAAGAACAGAGGCAAAACCCGGGACCCUGGGCCUGUUGCUAUCCCGUUGUCGGAGAGGACGCCCACCAAAGGCAAACGGAAACGGCCUGCAGUCGAUAGUCCAGUCAUGGCUUUGGAGACAGACGCCCAAGACGUAAUCAUGGUUGAUGACACAGGGACUACUGCCAUUCCAAUUCAGUAUCCAGGCCCUGCACCUACUACUCUCCCUUUCGAGCAUUUGCCUCUCAUGGGCACUCCGCUGAAUCCGGUCCAACUUCUGGUAGACUUCGCCCGUCUUAUUAUCCAAAUGUGGAGCCAGUGUUUGAGAGAGAAUUUCUUGCGGCCAAUUUGGGACCUAGCCUCCCUCCUCUCCUUUACUCUGCAGCUCCAGACCAUAUCAGUGGUCCCGCAGAUCGUCAAUGACUUGGUUCCUACUCUGCAACAGUCUAUUUAUUUGGUUGCAGAAGCUCGAUUCAAGAGCCAGGAGGGUGAUGUCUCAGCAGGGGCUGCCACAGAAGCCCUGCAGCAGCACGUCGAUACUACGUACAUCCUGUCUCUGCUGAACGCCUCUGCUGCAGCCUGCGCUACCACAAUGUUCGAAGCAGAUGGUGGUGCGCAGACGAGACAAACCGAAUUUUGGCAGCUGAUCACUCUUGAUCUGGUUCUCAUCCUUCUCACCCCCAAACAACAGCUGGACGAUAUCAUUGGCAUGCUUGAUAUGCUGUGCACUUCUACCCUCCCAGAUUCCCUUGGCCCCAUCAUCCCAGGCAAAGACGCCGACCUAGCGGCUAGAAUGAUCAUCGACAAGGUUUCUCUCAACCUAGUCGACUUACCUAGAGCAGUGUCGUCUAUAAGCCAGAAGCACGGAGUCAGAUUCGCAGUCUUACGAACACUCAUGGCCUUCAUCCGUACCCCGUAUGGAGCACGACAGGUCGCGGGCCACGUCAGUGUCAUACCCCGGUUAGUCACAGCUCUGGGCGAGCUUGUUGAUGUUUUGUACGACCUUUCGGACCCCGUAGUGGAUACCUCCAAUCGCGCUUUUUCCCCUUCACACAAGAACUUGGCCGUGGGUACUACCCCGGAUGAUCGCCGCGAUGGUGUAAACGACUGGGACGACGGCCGGAGUGGCGUCUCUUUGUUGAUAUCUCAGAUUAUUCUGCUUCUCCAUACCAUGGUAACAGAUCCGCAGACGGCCAACGUCGCAAACAUCCUCUCGAAGCUCUCCAUGUCCCAUGGCGGCUCUCAGCGGUACAUCCUUUCAUUGUCACGGCUUAACUUUGCGGAAGAGGAUCUGGUCUAUGAGGGCGCGAUUGACGCGGAUACUGUUGAUCGAGCUCAUGAGUUAUUAGAAAUUGCCGUGACCCCUGAUGAGGGCGACAGUAUCGCCGUUUCGUUUGGGGUCUGA